AUUUAUGAUGUUUAUUAUGAAGUAAAUACCAUUUGGUUCUAUGUUCCCGAAAUAAUUGUAUUUGAAAAAGUAUGGAGAUCAUGUUCCGAAGACUUUUGCUUUGUCUAUGCAUACCACUGAUUUCUGCGGUAUUAAAAUCAAAUAAAGGGAACUGUCCAAAGAUAUGUAAAUGUGGAUGUGAUAAACAAAACCCUCAACACAAUUUUAUUUCAACAUGUAAUGGCAAAUUGAAUACUACAAAGCUGAAUUUUAUUCCAAAAUUUCCUCCCAGAACAGUGGAGGUUAUUUUUAUAAACAAUCACUUACCACAUGUGUCAAGAAAUACAUUUAGCAAUCUAACACAUUUAACACUUUUAAAUUUAGAUUUGCAAGGUAACUCAAUCAGUGUUAUUCAAAACGAUUCUUUUACUAGUUUUAUUUUCCUGGAAAAACUAGAUCUCUCGAUGAACAACAUAACAGAAAAAGUUGCAAUGGACUGUUUUAAAAAUUUACCUAAAAGUAUACAGCGUUUGAGAUUAAACCAUCUUCUCUGGCAUCCAGUCGAAGGAUUAUUUGAUGGAUUAAAUAAUAGUAAUAUGAUCAGGAUAGAGUUAAGUCAUAGCUACUUAACACCAUUUGAAGGACGAUGGUUUUCAGGUCUUAGACAACUGAAGUCGCUGGACAUUUCAUGGAAUUCAAUUAAAGAUUCGGAUUUAAACUUGACUGGACUCCCUAACAUACAAGAUAUAAAUUUGGCUGGCAACUGGUUUAAUAUAAUUCCAAAUUUUUGUCAGUUUGGCUUAAACAAUAUUGCAAAUUUACAUCUCUGUGACACAAAGCUAUAUACCAUUAACCAUUUGAGAAACUAUUCUUCGUGUCUGCAAAAUCUUAAGAAGUUAUAUUUGAGUGGACUUUCAAUAAGGAUUAUUCCAACAAACAUAUUUUCUAAUCUCAAAUCUUUAACGGAACUAACAAUGAAGCAGAUGUCUACACAAUUUAAAAAAAUUCACAAAUACGCCUUCAACAGUUCUUCUUUAGAAAGUUUAACGUUCUGGCGAGCAGACGGCUUUCUGUUUACCUCGAAAUCGGCACAACAAGGACUGUUUCAUCCUGAUUCAUUGUUUAGCUUCAGUAAAAAUAUAAAAGAACUUGAUCUAUCUAAUAAUAAAAUAGAUUUGAUAUCAAACAAAAUAAGAUUAAUGUUCAAACCUCUCAAAAAACUUAAGAAAUUAUGGUUGGAAUCAAUAUCUCUAUCAUACAUGCCGAAAUACUUUUUGCCGUUAUUUCCAUUACUGAAAUUUAUAACAUUCGAGAACAAUAAAAUUCAAACUUGGAAUUAUGGCAAUUCCGUGUUUAGUGGUGUUCGAAACUUGAAGACAGUUAAUUUAAGGAGCAAUAAGAUCGGUAUGAUUUAUGAUACAUCUUUUCCUAUGGGUCUUUUGAAUAACCUGACCUCAAUAAACCUCAUGUUUAAUCGGUUUAGCUGCACAUGUGACCUUCAGUGGUUUAGGAAUUGGAUGAAGCAUACUCGUGUGAGUAUUACUGGGAAUAAUACUUACAGAUGUGAAACUGGCAAAACAAAGGUAGUUGAUUAUAAUCCAGGUUUUAUAGAAUGUCAUAUUUUGUCAAUUUCCCUAACAAUCGGAUUUGGCGUCGCUUUUGUUUUGAUCGUAACUAUAACCGGUUAUAUCUGUCGAUGGCGUUUCCGGUUCCAGUUGUACAAACUUCGUUCACUCCGUAAACAGUACAAAGAACUUAUCAACAAAGAGGACUUCAUAUAUUCUGCGUACGUAGUUUAUUGCUACGAAGAUUUCACAUGGGUAAAAAGAAGCCUAAUUCACGAAAUAGAAGAGAAGCAAGGUUAUAAGCUGUGUAUUCCACACAGGGACUUUGAAUUGGGAAAAGUAUUUGCAGAUAACAUUGUAGAACACAUGCAUCUGAGUGAAACAGUUAUUCUUGUUCUGUCGAAUAAUUUUGCCAAAAAUGAGUGGUGCUUAUUUCAGCUUGCUGUUGCUAAAAACAAAUUGACUAAACUUGGGAAAUUAUCCAUAUUUUUAGUGUUACUUGAAGAAAUCGAAUUUAAGAACAUGAAUUCAGCAUUAUAUCAUCUUUUGAAAAUGUCGAGCUAUGCAGCAUGGGACAAUGAUGACAAUGCGCAGAAACUUUUCUGGGAUCAAAUAAGAGAUUACCUUAGUUGAACAGUUGAGGCGUUUAUCAAAUGCAGGAUUUUGAAGCAAGAUUUUUUGUUUCAAGAUAGAAUAAAAUAGUUAAUGAAAAAAUAAUACUUAUAAUAAAAAUGUUGUUUCAUAAUCCUAAAGUACUGUUUGAAAUCAAUUGUAAAUAAAUA